UCCACCAUCCACACGCCUGCUCUGGAGACUAGCGCGUCCUCUGCCUCGCCUUGCUCGCACACACACACGUACGAAUGCGCCUCAGCCCCUGGCCUCGCUCCCUCUCCGAUCUCCGAGAAAAUCAAAAAAACGCGGGCGACGUAUGGCCCUCGCUCCCCACACUCACCCCUGCUCACAAUCCUAUGGACGAUCCCGGGUGCUCUGUUACGCGCUACCUGUGGCCGCACAGGUGUAUGUAGUCCAAACCUCAACGGAAACAGAACAGCCGAUCAUGAUGAUCUCGCCCUUGUGCCCUUUUGUUCACACGCGCAAUCCGUAUCAUCCGCAUCUGCAUCUACAUCUGCAUCUUCGUAAACAUUCGCUGAGUCCAAAGGCAGCUCAUACAGUCCUAAUGCUUUUUAUUUCCGCAUCCAAGCACCUCCACUCAAUAUUCUCUUCAUUGCAAGUCGCCCUUCGCUUCCCCAACAGGGACUGGCCUACCAUAUCCGACACCGGGGUCCAAUUCGCCUGGCAUACGAGUAACGCUGAGGUUCCAUUCGCCUGGUGGCCGGGACGUCUACGUACCUUUGAACUUCAAAAGGCCUGCAAGGCCUUUGGCGCCGAUGUCAACCGAUAAGUUGAUGGAAUGUCGGACCGAAUAGACCGACGUCUC